AUGGCUGAGGAGCCGAAUUAUAAGGCUCUAUUCGAGCACGAGCGAGAACUUCGACUAGAAGCCGAACGCAGGCUCAACCCAACCUCAUUUCUCGACUUUCUAAAGCAUUGCCACCAGUUGAUGACCAUUCCUCUCCAAGUCAACUACGAUAUCAAAUUGACUACGAAAGGCACCACAGCUCCAAAAGGCCGUCUCUGUCCCCUGUUUUUGAAGCAGUGGGACGACUUCCCUGCCCUUCGCAGCAGCCUAUUACAAACUGUUGAAAGUGUGCUGCACCCUUCAAGUUCAGAUCCAAUCCGCAGGUUUCCAUCCUUGGAAAAGCUCACCGGACUUGGUGAACUCUUUGCUCGUAGGAAACUGGGCAGCGAGCUGGAUCUGAUGGGCUAUCAGCGGCCGAGAUCUGAUCAAUUAUGCGUUUACCGCAAGGAUGACGGUGGCCACUCCUUGUUAUACAUCAUGGAAUACAAAGCCCCACACAAGAUUACUCCUGAUGCCUUGAAAACUUGCAUUAAGGUAUCCGACUUUUGGGAAGAUAUCGUCCAGGUUCACCUGAUUCCCACGAAUUCCAAAGAAAAACAGAUAUACCGCGACAAGCAGAUUGCGGGAGCAGCACUUACCCAAACAUUUGACUACAUGAUCAAGGAAGGCGUUGAGUACGGCUGCUUGAGCACGGGAGAAGCUCUUGUUUUUCUCCAGAUCAAAGCAGAAGAUCCCAACACACUGUAUUACUAUUUGACGGUGCCUAAGCAUGAUAUAGAAGCUGAAACCCCAGGGGAUAACUUUGCACACCCCAAGACGGCAAUAGCCUCCUUACUCUCCCUCAGCCUGUUAGCGCUCGGCUCAGAACGAAGGGCACAAAGCUGGCGAACUCAGGCGGCACAAUCGCUAAGGACCUGGGAGAUUGAUGUGAAUUUCCUCUUUGAAAAGUUCCGCAAGGAGGACGAAACCCCAGAUACUUCAUUUUCGGCAUCAAGUUUUGCCCCGUCGAGCCCAGUGGAAGACACGGUUGAUCGCCGGCCGGAGACAAGAGCAACUAGCCAACGAGCGAAACAAAGCUGUGCUGAUGAACACGAUAGCACAGAAAAUACUGACCCGAAUACAUCCACUGAGGGGUCCGAGGGGGAUGACCCUACUAGAAAGGGGACUGGAAUGUCCCUGAAGCGUACAAUAAUGCACUCCUCUCCGCCAUCAUCACCAUCGUCCCGUCGCCCUACCAAGCGAUCAACCCUUCCUUCGCGACAUCGAUCGCCGUUGGCUCUCUAUUGCACGCAAACGUGCCUGGCCGGUUUAGCUAACCAGUCCCCGCUUGAUAAAGACUGCCCUAACUUUUCGAUCCACAAAAAUCAAAGCGCUUGUGGCAGGCAUCCGAUUCCAAAGUCCAAGGUAGCGGAACUUGUUGACAAGCAACUAAAUAAUGACCGUGAUGAUGGGUGUGUCCCGUUAAGUAUCUGUGGAAGAAUAGGUGCCCUUUUCAAAAUGACUCUUUUCCCCUAUGGCUAUACUUUUGUCGGUAAAGGGACUGUUAUCGAAGCAGUUCAUUUGCUUCAACAUGAAGCGCGAGUAUACGCAUUCUUGGAGAAGAUGCAAGGAAACCAGAUUCCCAUUUGCUUCGGAGCCGUGGACUUGGAGCAUGCCUUUAUUAUGGACAACCUGGACGAAGUUGUGCAUUAUUUACUACUUUCUUGGGCUGGGAAACCCUUGCAUGAGCUGGAAGGAUUCAAUGACGAGGAUAGUGCAAAAUGCAAGGCUUAUCGCAGAGCCCAGAAGAAACUCGCAAAAGCGCUGAGCAGAGCAGGUGUUAUUCACGACGACCUCUAUGAGCCCAAUAUGCUGUGGAACGAAGAGUCGCAGCAGUUUGUGGCAAUCGAUUUCGACCGGGCGAGGCUGAGGUUAAAAAAGCAGCCAAACAAGCCUCUCGAGGUGCUCCGGAAACUCGGAGGAGAGCCAUCCUCACUGGCCGUAGCUGUCCGCAAUGGAAGGCAAGAGAUUGAGGAUUUUCACGUCCGCUGGACAACGAGACAAGCCAGGUUGACGCUGUGGAGAUUCCCCGCCUUGCUGUGGAUUUGUCAUCGGCGGCUGGUGACGGAGGGCGUUGCGAUCUUAUAUCUCCUCCAGGCACGUCUCAUUGACACAUCCAUUGAGCUGACAUCUCGAACCUCCAAAUCGUGGUCUCCUAACACGCUGCGCACUCGCCUGGUCCUCAAUUUCAAGCGCAUUCCCUACACCCAAUCAUUCAUCUCCUACCCCGACAUCGCCCCGAUCCUUGAAUCUCUCUCCGUUCCCCCCAUCGUCCCCCAGUAUCUCCCGUACACACUCCCCGCCAUAAUCCAUAAGCCCUCUCUUUGGUCCCAGAAUCCACAACACUAUGCCAUGAACGACAGCACCCCGAUCGCUCUACACCUCGAAUCCGCGUUCCCGGCGCCGCACCACCCUUCGCUCUUCCCCACACCCGCAAGCUACCCGCUCGCUAUGGCUGUGCUGAGCAUCAUGUCGGAAAUCAUGGUCAAGCAAAGGCGCAUCGCUCUCCCAAAGACGGUUAAAUACCUUGACCCCGCGGGCCAGGAAUACUUCAACCGCACCCGGUCUGAGCUGUUUGGCCAGCCGCUCGCCGAACUCGCUGCGACAGGAGACGAGCUCGAGCGGGUUUGGCAAGACCUCGCUGUACCCCUGUCCACGCUUGCGACAAUGUUGCGUGGUGAGCCGGGGAAGCAGAAAUCAGGCCCGUUCUUUGAGGGAGACAAGGCGGGCUAUGCGGACUUGGUCGUUGUGGCGUUCAUGGCAUGGUUCCUGAGGAACGACCUGGGUGAUUGGGAGAGGAUUGUGGCGAUUGGGAAUGGGGAAUUCAAGAGGUUGUGGGAUGCGUGCUUGCCGUGGGUGGAGGGACAGGGAGAGGAGAUUGAAUGGGAGGUACCUAAGCAGUAA